GCAGGCUGGAGAUUGUGAAAAGUUUGUGACAUUGUGUUUCCAGCUUCCCAAGUUACACAGACCAAUACUGGAAAUGAAGAACUAUUUAAUCAUUUGUAUUCUGGGGCUUUUUGUUGUGGAUUUUCAAGUUUCUGCAGAAGACAGCGACCAGGUGUUAUAUGUCCUUCCUCGGACUGACCAACAGGUUGAAAUUUUGAAGAAUAUAACGUCCCAGCCAGAGAUUGUUCUGUGGAAGCCUGAUUCUAAUGAACACAUAAUGAAAAAUAAAGAAGUUCACUUUUAUGUGAAUGAAUCUUUCAUAGACACGGUGAAGGCAGAGCUGAAUGAAUCUUCGAUUUUGUACAUGGUUUUGGUUAACAAUGCCCAAGAACUUAUUGAACAGCAGACAUUUAAUGAUACUAGCAAUCAACGCAGUGCUACUUCUUUUUAUGAGCAAUAUCAUACUCUUGAAGACAUAUACUAUUGGAUGCAACACAUGGUAGAGAAGCACUCAGACAUGCUGCAACGGAUUCAUAUUGGAUACUCAUUUGAAAACCGUCCUCUUUAUGUGUUAAAGGUGUCAGGAAAAGAGAAGACAGCAAAGCAUGCAGUAUGGAUUGAUUGUGGGAUACAUGCCCGGGAAUGGAUUUCUCCUGCAUUCUGUUUAUGGUUCGUUGGACAUGCUGUUGAAUACUAUGGUGUAGAUCUGUCCAUGACAAAACUGCUCCGCUAUCUUGAUUUCUACAUCCUUCCCGUGAUGAAUGCAGAUGGGUAUCAGUUUUCUUGGACAGCAAAAAACCGAAUGUGGAGGAAGAAUCGCUCUAAAUACACUAAGAGUAACUGUAUUGGAACUGAUUUAAACAGGAACUUUGAUGCUGGUUGGUGUGGCCCUGGAGCUUCCAGUGAUCCCUGCCAUGAAAUAUACUGUGGACCUUAUGCUGAAUCUGAGCCUGAGGUGUCAGCUGUUGUCAGUUUUCUAAAAAAGCAUCAAAAUGUUGUUAAGGGCUAUAUAACUGUACAUUCUUACUCUCAAAUGGUGCUUUUUCCAUAUUCAUACACAAAUAAGAAAUCAAAAGACCACGAUGAGCUGCUACUACUAUCAAAAAAAGUUGCUGAAGGAAUUAGGUCAACAUCUAGAAAUAAAUAUAUGUAUGGUGCAGGGGCAGAAACCAUUUAUUUGGCUCCAGGAGGCUCCGAUGACUGGGCUUAUGAUUUAGGGAUCAAGUACUCUUUUACAUUUGAACUACGGGACAAAGGGAUGUAUGGGUUUUUACUUCCUCCACAACUGAUAAAGCCAACUUGCAGCGAAGGUAUAACUGCAGUAAAAAUAAUAGCAGCCCAUAUUGUAAAAAAUCUGUAAUGCCCUACUUUUCACAUAAUAUUCAGGAGUGUAUUGCUUGCAAUUUGAUUUAAGGUACCAGUAAAUUGUACUUCUCUAUUGCAAUGUUUAGUUUGUAUACUAAAAUUAUGAAUACAAUAAAACAUUGUACAAAA